UCUCUCCUAAUGGGUGGGGUUGUGUUCCUGUCUUGCUAGUUUUUUGGCAUGGGGCGUCCAGCACUGGAGCUUGCUUGCCGUUGGGUGGAGCUGGGUCUUAGUGUUGAGACAGAGAUCUCUGGGAGAGCUCUCACCGAUUGAUAUUACUUGGGGCCAGGACGUCUGGUGGUCCAAUGUCCUGAACUCGGCUUUUCCACCUCAGUGGCUCAGGCUUGACUGGAGCACCAAGGGUGGAGCACCAAGACCUCGUCAGCCACGCAGCUGGGGUAGAUGCCACUGGAUGGACACUUGUGAGAAGAGCUCAGAAUUAUCAAGAAAGUGGCCAUUGGCAAGUGAAACCACAAGAGAAGAGGCCCGUGCUAUGCCUGGUACUGCUGAGCAAUUUUCAGACUUCAGCUCAUUCUGGCAACAGGGCGACUGGGUCAGCGAUGCGAGGCAGGACGGGGUCUGUGAGGUGCUUCUGAUACUAUCUGAUUGAAAUACUGAAUUUACACUGAUGGAGUGGCCAAGAGUACAGAAACUGGCAUCAGUCAGAGAUGGAUCUGAGUCCUGGCUCAACUACGCAAUAACAGAUUAAUGACUGUCAGAAGCAUGCUCUCUCGGACCCUCCCGACGCCACCUGUGACGCAGAAUGUCGCUGGGUGAGAACGCGGUGUUCGCCUACGAGUCGUCGGUGCACAGCGGCCACGUGCUGCGCAGCCUGGACGAGCAGCGCCGGAAGGACGUGCUGUGUGACGUCACGGUGCUGGUGGAGGGCCAGCCCUUCCGCGCCCACCGCGCCGUGCUGGCUGCCUGCAGCGCUUACUUCCACUCCAGGCUCGCGGGCCAGGCCGACGCCGACCUGCGCAUCACUCUGCCGGAAGAGGUGACAGUUAAAGGAUUUGAACCUUUAAUUCAGUUUGCCUACACUGCUAAACUGAUACUAAGUAAGGACAAUGUGGAUGAAGUGUACAAGUGUGUGGAAUUUUUAGGUGUACCUGAUAUUGAGGAAUCCUGCUUUCAGUUUCUCAAAUACAAGUUUUUGGACUCCACUGCAGACCAGCAAGAAUGCCCAAGAAAAAAAUGCUUCUCAUCACCCUGUCAGAAACCAGAUUUUAGAUUUUCACUUUUGGACCAGAGGGAUUUAGAAAUUGAUGAGGUGGAGGAAUUUUUGGAAAAUAAAAAUGUUCAGACUCCUCACUGUAAACUCCGUAGGUAUCAAGGCAGUGCAAAAGUAUCUCCUCCUCUACAAGACAGUGCCAGUCAAACAUGUGAAUCCAUGUGCUUAGCAAAGGAUGCCGCUCUGGCUCUGCCAUCUUUGUGCCCCAAAUACCGAAAAUUCCAAAAAGCGUUUGGAACUGACAGAGUCCGCACUGUGGAAUCCAGUGUCAAAGACAUUCACACUUCUUCUGCUCAGCCAAAUGAGACAUCUGAAAAUGAGUGUCUGGGAGGAAUCCAGGACUGUGCAGAUUUGCAGGUGAUUUUAAAAUGUGAAGAAGGAAAAUUAGCAAUGGAACAUGAAGAAGCCAAGAAGAAAGAUCCUGCUUCUCAGUGCCCAUCAGGAAAAACAGAAGCGACUCCUUUUCCCCCCACUUCUACAGAUCCCCAUGGGCUCUAUUCUCUGUCUCUUUUACACACGUAUGACCAGUAUGGUGACUUGAAUUUUGCUGGUAUGCAAAACACGACAGUGUUAACAGAAAAGCCUUUGUCAGGUUCAGAUGUUCGAGAAGAGAAAACUUUCGGUGAGAGUCAAGAUUUGAAAUCUGACUCUGGCCCCAGGGAAGAUAGUAGCCUCGCCUCGAGUGAUCUGAGUAGCGUGGAACGAGAAGUGGCCGAACACCUAGCGAAAGGCUUCUGGAGUGACAUUUGCAGCACGGACUCUCCUUGCCAAAUGCAGUUAUCACCUGCCGUGGCCAAAGAUGGCUCAGAACAGAUCUACUCCCAGAAACGGUCUGAGUGUCCCUGGUUAGGUAUCAGGAUUAGUGAGAGCCCAGAACCGGGUCAGAGGACUUUCACAACGUUGAGUUCUGUCAAUUGCCCUUUCAUAAGUACUCUGAGUACCGAAGGCUGUUCUAGCAAUUUGGAAAUUGGAAACGAUGACUAUGUUUCAGAGCCCCAACAGGAACCUUGUCCCUACGCUUGUGUGAUUAGCUUGGGAGACGACUCUGAGACGGAUACCGAAGGAGACAGUGAACCCUGUUCAGCCAGAGAACAAGAAUGUGAGGUAAAACUACCAUUUAAUGCACAACGAAUAAUUUCGCUCUCUCGAAAUGAUUUUCAAUCGUUGUUGAAAAUGCACAAGUUGACUCCAGAACAACUGGAUUGCAUCCAUGAUAUUCGGAGAAGAAGUAAAAACAGAAUUGCUGCACAGCGCUGUCGCAAGAGAAAACUUGAUUGUAUACAGAAUCUUGAGUCAGAAAUUGAGAAGCUACAAAACGAAAAGGAGAGCUUGUUGAAGGAAAGGGAUCAUAUUUUGUCCACUCUGGGCGAGACAAAGCAGAACCUAACUGGACUUUGCCAGCAAGUCUGUAAAGAAGCAGCUCUAAGUCAAGAACAAAUACAGAUACUCGCCAAGUAUUCGGCCUCCGAUUGCCCACUUUCCUUUUUAAUUUCUGAGAAAGGAAAGAGUACUCCUGAUGGUGAGCUCACAUUACCGUCGAUUUUGAGUUUGCCUGAAGGGCCUGCAGCUGGGCCGCCUGCUGGGGAGCAGAGCCCUCGCUAUCCCAGUGCCAAGGGUGGUGAGGCGGGUGGUGCCUGGGGCCCGGAGUCCCGGGCAGCUGCCAGCGCCCCCUCGGAGCAGGCCGGGCCCGGGGAGCAGUGUCGCCAGAGUGGUGGCAUCUCCGAUUUCUGUCAGCAGAUGACCGACAAAUGUACUACUGAUGAGUAAACUUGCUUCCACUUCCUUCAGACCGUCUCAUUUUCUACUGAAAUUUUGACAUUGUCUUGAAAGCCUGACAUAGCCAUAGCCAUCUGUCUCUUAACAAUAUCGUUUUUCUCCCCUUGUGGUUUGCCGUUAAGGGAAUUCCUCUGAAGUCAACCCUUGACUUUUCCUUGAUUUCCGCAGGAGAUGCAGAAAUGACUUGCCUCCUGGAUACCGAAAAAUCAUAUGUGGAAAUGUAGUAAGGCUUUGAAAACUCACAUGUUUUAAAGAAUAAUAACUAUUAGUAAUGACUCUUCCCAGUAUUAAAAAUAAAUAAGAAAAUGAAAACUGUAGCGUAUCAGACAACAUUUAAACACCUUGAAACGUCAGCAGAUAGUUCUUACUAUCAAGAAGUAGCCUGCAAAAGUUUAAUAAUCUGACCUUCUUACAACAUACUGGUUUAAAAGAAAAUGUCUCCCCAAGUAACGCUGAUAGGGUUCAGUUCUACUGAGAAGUAGGGUGUCAGCUCCUUGGGAAUAUUGGUGUAGAACCGCAGUGUGAAAACAUGACGUAAUCUUCUUGCCUGAAUCCCAGCACUUUGCUCUUCAGCUCCUGUUAAAACCAGAGAUUGGUUGGCCUGCACUGUGAGUCCUGAGCUACACUGGGAAUGGUUAGGAAACGGGCAAACGGUGGGCUAAGGCAGAGGCUUCUGCUCCUCCUCAGUGUCGGCUCUCAAGGAGUUCUGGCUGCGUCAGCGGUAGAUAAGUGUCAUUUCCCUCUUUUCUCUUCAGUCUCUUCCACAUCUGAGUCCAUCAUGAUCUUUCUGUUUCCUGACAUUCUUGUCACUUUGGAAGAAGAAAUAAGACUCAGGAUACAGUGGCGUGAGCUCAUGUGUUGGGAGCAUUGUCUUAGCCUCCCUAGAAUCUUGGAGAGCUAGCUCCUCAGAUACAAGGCUGUCGGCCUUGCCACUAUAAGUCACCCAUGCAAGGAAACCAGAUAUCGUGGGGUAAGAAAAUUGCCUACAUUGAUCCGGAGUGGCAGUUCAUUUUCCAUCCUAUUUUUUGAAGUCCUGUGGUUUCUUUGUAAAAGCAUUAUGAUGGAUAAAAAUGUAUCUACAGCAACCAUGCAGGUUUGUGAAAUAGGAUGAAACUUGAUCUUGUUCCAUUGUGGGUUUGAAUUUGGAAGCCAGAUUUAAUCUUGUUCUCUUUCCCAAAUCUAGUAUAUAAGGGCGCACAAAUCAUUUUGGACUUGGGCAUUUUAAAAUCAGUCUUUGUGUUUAUUCAAUCCUGUUUUACAAUAGUGUUUUGAUAAUCUGAGCCCCUACCCCAUAACAUUUUACCGUGGUUCUUAGCCAUUCUGCUGCUGUUAUAGGCUUGGUUGGGAGUCAAACGAAAGCUAUGGACCUCUCAAUGAUGAAAACAAAAUUUCAUAUUCACAUGCACAGAAACAUUUGCAGAAUCCAGUUUGAAAGGGUACAGAGAGUGAUUUUUAGUGUUUGGAUUAGAAAGUACUUCAUUUCACCAAGAUGAGACACCUGAGAGGAGACUUUUGUAGAUUGCAUCCUGAGUCUAGUGAAGGGCUUGUGUAGCUGAUGUGGGAGACCGUCAUCUGCUGUGUAGGAAUGGGUCUCAAACCAGUAGGCCUCUGCUGUGAGGGGAUGUGGGGACCAGACUUCAUAUUUCAGAGCAAUUUGUCAAAUGUUACCCUUUUUCAUGGGGGCGGGUGGUGUUGGGAAGAUACUGCUAGUAUCUUCAGUGGUUUGUAUGUUAUCUCUGUUAUCAGCUUAGUUGUUGUAAGAGAAAACUGGUUGGACUUGUUUAUUUUCUAGAGGCUUUUAUAAGUACACUCAAGAAUUUGUCAGGGAGAAUGAUAAUUCAAUGGUAAUGCAUCCCGUACUACAAAAGAAUGAUAUGUGUACGUGUUUGUGUGUGUGUAUAUAUAUAUAUAUAUAUACCCCCAUGUAGCUAUUUCUUUGAUACUUGUAAUUUUAAAUUUUAACUUCAAAAUAUAAUAUAAAACCUUUUCUGGUUUACAAAAUGCAAAAUCUUAUACAAGCCAAUGGACUCCUUGAUUUCCUACCUCAGUGUACACUCAACUGUUUGUCACAUCAGUUUGUGUAUGUGCAAAUGUCAAUCUUUUGCUUUAAUUGCUACUGUAAAUAACUGCUUUGAAAGAUUACUUUCUAUUUUAUAAACCUAGUUGUCUCCAGAGUUUAAAUACGAUCUUUAAGGCACUUGGUUUAAAUUUCUCUCUACAUAUAAAGUUUAGCAUUAAGGGUUUAUUUUAAUGAUAUUCUGAUUAUUGGCCAAGUGUAAUGUUUUGUAAAAUAUAGCAUUACUUUUAAUAGCCAGCAUGUAAUACAAGUAACUACACUACCUCAUACCUAUAUCAUUUUCAAGUUGUAAUCCAGAGGGACAGAUAGAUAAAAAAAUUUUUUAUCUUUGUCUUUUGGCCAUAAAGUGGGGAAGUUUUUAUAUAUUGCAUAGCAUUACGCAUUUAUGCCUAUUUUAACAUUAACUUCUAAAGAAGUUUUUUCUAAGAAAAUUUGUUUUAAGUUCAUUUUUUUUUGAGGCUGCCGAAGACAAAUGACAGGAUUAUGUGUAUACAGUGUAUAUCUUUUCCUUCAUGCAGAAUUUUGGCGAAGUGUUUUUCAGUUUGUAUAUUGCAUAUUUACAUGAUCGUUGUUCCUUAUUUUAUGAGUUAGCCUUCUCACUGCUUGAUGAUUUUUCAAAAGCUGUUAGGUCUAACUUGAUAAAAUAACCAUACCUUAAAGUUUUUUUCAUUAUUUGAAUCCUGCAGCUAUAGCAAAUAAUCUGUCGUUAAAUUGUUAUAUUCAAGACAAAUAUGGAUAUAAAUCUAAGUUCUCCAUCUGUACAUUUUAUAACAUAAUUUACUAUAGCUUAAUGCUUAACUAAUUUAAAAUAAGGAAUCAAAUAUAUUUGGUGCAGUAGACGAUACAGGUUGCAUGUGGACACUCAGCCACAUUAACAACUUGGAAAAAAAAUUUAAAAAUGGCAAUGUUAUAAUGAAUUCUCAGGUGAACUUUUUUCAGUUAUGGAACAUCUAUUUUGAAUUUGUAAAUAUUUUAACUGUUUUAUUAAGGCAUGUAAUAAACUAUUCUUUGAAACUUGUUGGGCAGAAUGAAAUUUUAAAGCCGUAAUGGCAAAGAUGGCAUACUGAUUGUAAAAUAAACAGAAAUAAUAACGGCUAUUGAUUUUUUUUUGUAUCUUUCAUAAUAUAAUUUUCUAACAAUUCAAUGAAACCACUAAGUUAAUAUAUCCAUAUCUGUUAAGAUCAUGUUUCAUUAAAAGUGAACUUUCAUAGUAUUUAAUUUACAUUUUCUUCCUAAUGUGCUUAUCCAAAUGUAGCAAAGUUAGAAAUGUUAGAUGUUGGUAAUAAAAUGACAGUUCAAUAAAAUUCUCUGAAAUUGC